CUCGCCACGCACACGCCGACGCCCAUCGAGGAGGUCAAGCCCGUGGUGCAGAGCCGCGGAAGCGCCCAGAGACGCUCGCCUGGUAAGUCGACGUGCGCGAGAGUGGGAGGCUGGGGUGUGAGGGAAGAGCGAGAGUGGAACGGAUAGCGCAUGGAAAGACGCCGGUGCGGAGAUAGGCAUGGCGCGCACCGACGCAAGGCAGCACGGAGAGCGAGAUACGGUCGCUGCGCCAUCACGCUGCUGGAAUCUGCGCGACGGCUGUGGCCGCUAUGCGUCUCUUGCGGCACCAUGCCAAUGGCCGCAUCUGGCGGCACGUAUAGGUGGCACAGGACUCGCCGCUCGCUUCGCGCCACUGCGGGCGCGGCUCGCUGCAGCGACCAGCAUCUGCCUGUCCCGCAGUCACUCAUGAGCUGCUUCACAGACUUCGAUGCGAUUCUGCAGACGGCCUCAGUCGGCGACUCGGCCACGCGUCCCAUCUAUCUCGAUGCGCAGUCCACCACUCCCGUCGACCCUCGGGUGCUCGACGCCAUGCUUCCCUUCCUCACCAACCAGUACGGCAAUCCUCACUCCAAGACGCACGCCUACGGCUGGGAGUCGGAAGCGGCCGUCGAGACUGCGCGCGCCCACAUUGGUGCGCUCAUCGGAGCCGACGCAAAGGAGAUGAUCCUCACGUCCGGUGCCACGGAGAGCAACAACAUGUCGCUCAAGGGCGUGGCGCGCUUCUACGGCGCAAAGAAGAAGCACGUCAUCACGACGCAGACGGAGCACAAGUGCGUGCUCGACUCGGCGCGCAAGCUGCAGGAGGAGGGCUUCGAGGUGACGUACCUGCCGGUCCAGUCCAACGGCCUGAUUAGCAUGCAAGAGCUUGAGGCGGCUCUGCGGCCCGACACGUGCGUCGUGUCCAUCAUGGCCGUGAACAACGAGAUUGGCGUCAUUCAGCCUCUUGCCGAGAUUGGCGCGCUGCUGAAGACCAAGGGUGCCCAGCUGGCCAAGUCUGCCGGACUCUCCGGCAAGCCGCUCUUCCACACCGACGCAGCGCAGGCCGUGGGCAAGAUCGAGCUCGACGUCGACAAGAUGGGCAUCGAUCUCAUGUCGCUCUCGAGCCACAAGAUCUAUGGCCCAAAGGGCGUGGGCGCGUGCUACGUGCGCCGUCGGCCGCGUGUGCGCAUGGAGCCGCUCAUCAAUGGCGGAGGCCAGGAGCGCGGUCUGCGCAGCGGCACGCUGGCCCCGCAUCUCGUCGUCGGCUUUGGAGAGGCGGCGAGGUUGGCAAAGGUCGAGAUGAAGUACGACCACGCGCACAUCUCCUACCUCGCCGACCGUCUCAAGACGCGUCUGCUCGGCGCGAUUGACCACGUGCUCAUCAACGGCGACGAGGCCUCUCACUACCCCGGCUGCACCAACCUGUCCUUCCAAUACGUCGAGGGCGAGUCCUUGCUCAUGGCGCUCAAGGACAUCUGUCUCUCUUCGGGCUCCGCUUGCACGAGCGCAUCGCUGGAGCCGAGCUACGUCCUGCGCGCCCUUGGCCUGGACGACGAGAACGCACACUCGAGUCUGAGAUUCGGCAUUGGACGCUUCACGACGCAGGAGGAGGUCGACUACGUUGCGGAGAAGAUCAUCAAGGUCGUCGAGCGGCUGCGCGAGAUGAGCCCGCUGUACGAGAUGGUGCAGGAGGGCAUCGACCUCAAGACGAUCCAGUGGAGCGGCUGAGCCUCUCGACGCUCGUUGAUCUUGAUCUGAUCGCCGCAGCGAGGCGUCGACGACGAGGCGUGCGGAGCGGCAGGCGAUGGGG